AAUGUCUUGGUAAAAAUAAUUAGGUAAUUCUGUUAAAGAAUUGCGAUUUGUAUUUUGCCAAACAUGUGGUAGAUCUGAAGGUAUAAGGUAAUGAUGUAUUAUUAAAUUCUAGAAAUCUAGUCACUAAAAAUUAUUGGCAAUGGAAAGAAGCAAAUCCAACAUUCCCAUUUGUAGUGAGAGAAUGUGAAUCAAUAGAUCCUUAUAUUCUUAUUAGAUAUAGUAUUUAUAAAUUAAAUUGGUAGAAUAUGGAGUUGAAAAGAAAGCAUUGAUAGGCAACUUAAACGAAUAGGAAUUAGAAUAAGUUUUAGGAUAACUUAUUGCUUAAUCUAAUAAAGUUAAUUCAACUAUCUGAAU